AUUUAGAAAGUCUAGUUUACCUUCUGGGAGCUAGAAAACAAUGUAAUUCGUGGUGGGGAAUGGUAGAGUGGACAAGAAUUGCAGUUGAUUAACGAAUUUGUGAAAAUUAGAAAGUCCCAGGCAUUCGAGGAGUCGCUGGAGUAAUAAAUUCGUGAUACAGAGAACACCAAAGAAAAUGGCCACCACACAGCUGUCCCAGAGGCCUCGUACCAUGAAGAAACUCGAAAAACCACGUCCCCUUAAAAUCCAACAACGACAUUCAGUAAUCGAUGGGCGGAUAACGACAGCAGAGGACCUUGUAUCUCUGAUUGACAAUGUCGUAUCACACCUCACCAAUGGCUUCCAUGAUCCAUCACUUCAGCCCAAUAUCGUGACAAUGUGUAAUGCCUUGAAACAUUGUGCACCACAACUUGAGGCUGUUUACAAGGAUCAACUGGACAGGGCAUUUGUUGCUAUCAGAAAUGGAAGUCAGGACGAAAGACUCGAUUUGACGACCAGGGUUCAUUUGCUCGAACUGAUCGAGCUCAGGGCAAAGCAAUGGCGUCACAGUGACUCCAUGGACGCUUACUACAGUCAAAAAUUGGCCAAUUUGGAUGAUUAUGAUAUUGGCAUUGGUGAGACACCCACAACACCCAUCGCCAGCAAUAUCGUUGGUGUUUCGUCUUCACAAACACCAACUGUCCUGAGCAUCAGUGAUGUCAUCAAGAACAGCGGCAAGUUCACUAAGCCCACACGUAUUCCUGGUAAAAAUUACUGCAAGGAUGAAGUCGUUAUUCGUAAUAGCGAUUCGGGAAAAGUGAUGGGCAUAAAAGGGAGGCGGGUACACAUGAUCGAAGAGCUCAGCGAGACGAUCAUCUCCUUCCAGCGAGUGAAUCCUGGAGCCAAAGAACGACUUGUCCAAAUAACCGGAACUUCCGAGGACAAGAUACAUUACGCAAAGGAUUUAAUUAAAGAUACGAUACAACGAAACGCUUCUCCAGUGCGUUUGGAGCACGUUGGGGUGGAUAAAAGUGGCAUUGGUGGUUCGAGUUCGUCGUUGAACAGCAGUGCAUCUGACGAGAGUAAUCGUCUCCAUCAGCAACAACAGCACACAACUCGUCUGCGUUCAUCCCUGCUUCACAGUUUGUCAACAAACGACGCCAGUAUUGGCGAGUACAAGUACACAAUUACUGUCGGUAAUCAAGCUCUCAAGAUAACUGGAUGCAAUCACGAUCUUGUUCGAACAGCCAAAUUAGUCCUCGAUGAGCACUUCUCUCGAUGGACAGGCGAGGCUGAUCAAUUCACCACUGAAAUUGAAUUCUUCAACUUUGAUGAGGAGGCUGGUUAUCCUUCUCAAAAUUCAGUUGGCUCUAAUCGUAAUUCAGGUGGAAAUUUGAAUAUCAAUACGAGAGAGACGAGCAUGGAGAGCACCAACACGUCGGAGAGCGAGGAGACGUACAAGCCACAGCAGAUUGUUAAGAAUAUUACUCCCAAAAAAACGAAUGAAAAUCGGGAGUUGACUUACGAGUUUCUACUGCUCUGCGCAACUGGCCCCUAUGCUAAACGUCCACCAGCUGAUUGGGACAGAAUUCAAAAAGAAUGUCCAACAAUUAUUCGUAAGGUAGAGUCACGACCUUCAGCUGGCAGCUGUGCUUUUAUUAACUCGCAGAUUGGAUUUUCAAACGGUUCAAUCGACGAUCGUAUUUUUUACCAAAACCACUGUGAUCGUCAUCGUGUCUCAUACUAAGACAUUUAUCGUCAUUCUUCAGCAUUCCAAUUAUCAAUUAAUUUCAUUGAGUGGUUUGUCACGAAUAAUUGGGACAAUUUUUGCCAUUUUGCACUUACCACUCAAUUCUAAGCAGAAGUAUUAUUUUGUUUUUGUUUUUUAUAUCGCUAAAUGCGUAUAGUUUAACAUUAAUUUAUUGUUUUACGAAUGUUUUUUUAUUUCAAUCAUUGAAAUCGCAAUUUCAAAGUUUAUUACAAGAUUAUUUGGACGAGGAGAGAAAAAACCUCGAGGUAUUGAUAAUCUCGAUGUGAUUUUUCUAUCAUCUUUCGAAUCUCAUUAUUUUAUUGAGUAUAUUUUAUCGUUUGAGUGCUCAACCAUCAACUCAAUAAUUAACUGGCUAAUUUAUUUAUCCAAUCCAACAAAUUUAUUGAUAAUUAAUUGACUCAUGGGGAGAGGAGAUAUUGAUAGACUUCGGUAGACUAUGAAUGCAAAAAAAAUUGAAGUUAUGAUUUUAGCCGGUAUUUUUUAAGAGGAACAUUGGCAUGAUAAUCUUGCAAAUUGAUUUGUUUUUAAAUUAUUUGCACUCCAUUGCUACUCAAUAAUUACGGAAGUAUUCGCAAUUAAUUAAGCUAAUGCAAACGUCGAUAAUCGCGACUACGAAAUUAAGUAUUUGACGAAAAUGUGAUAUCCUAGUGAAUCUCUCAAUUCGAAUAAGUUAAUCAUUGAAAAUCGAACUGAAUUUGUACUUAAAAGUUAGGAGUACUAUUGGUCAUUGUACCUGGUGGGAGGGUAGCGUUGUCUCGAUGAUGUUGCAAAUGACAUGACAAAAACCAAAGGUAUCGUAAAAAUGAUUAAGACGAAGUAUUCUGAUGAAUAAAUCAAUGAUUAAAUUAAAUAUUAGUUCUAGUACAUCGUUAACUGCGAUAUUCUCAUCGAUUUUAGGUGCAUCCACAAAUUUUAGGGAAAAUUCUAUGCGAGGAAAAUAGAUAUAUUUAUUUGGGAGGGGAAAAUGUGCUGGCAAAUUACAUGUUUGACUGAUUAAUGAGAUGCUGUGGAAGUUUGUUGAUUAACAUUGAUUUUGUGAUAUCAUAAAAUAAAACUAAUUUCUCUUCA